AUGGCUGGCGCAAACGCCCACGCGCCCAUGGCCGUCCCAGGCGGGCGCAUCAACGGCCACGACCACCGAGCAAACCUGCGCGACAUGGGCUUCGCCGGCCCGCGCAGCCCCCCAAACAACAAGAACACUUCACACGUGCCCUGCAAAUUCUACCGCCAGGGCGCAUGUCAGGCUGGCAAGGCCUGUCCCUUCCUGCACUCGGACGAGCCGCUGACGGAGCGCGCGCCCUGCAAGUACUUCACAAAGGGAAACUGCAAGUUUGGCCAAAAGUGCGCCCUCGCCCACAUCCUCCCCAACGGCCAUGUCGUCAACCGCGGAAACGCCGGUGGCCACUUUAGCCGCAUGAACAUUCCCCACCACCAGGAGCUGCCCAUGAACAGCUCGCUGCUCACCAUGCAGGCACACAUGGGCGGCAUGCAGCCCGGCUACCCCUACGCCAUCCAGGACGACUAUGUCGCCCAGAAGAACCAGUACGACAUGAUCCCCACCAUCGACACCACCUUCUCCUCGCACCCCGGCUCCAACUAUGGCUCGCCGCCAAACGACAAUAGCCGGCUCCCCAUCUCGCCCACGCAAAAGGGUCUCAGCGUCAUGGACGUGGGCCUGCCCGCCUCGUUUGACAGCCAGGGCGUCUCGACCAUGGCCCGAUACGGCCCCAUUGCCUCAUCUGUACCAGCCAAAUUCCUCGCAAAUUCGCCCCCGUCCUCGUACCACGCCGACUCGCCCGCGCUUCGAAAUCUGCACGACUCUGCAUUCGGUGAUGGCUCGCGAAGGGGAAUUGCGGGGCUGGGCUCUUCUCCCCCCGAAUCGGUGGAGCAGCCCGCGGGAAGAAGAGUGCUCCAUUCUGAGCUCGCCGCAAGCCGCUCUCGGGGCAUCAUGUCGUCGAGCCUGGGCGCCCGGCCCGCCUUCAAAGACGAGGACUGGGACGAAACCGACAUGAUUGGCAAAUUCGAGGAGGAUCUGCUGCCCAACUCGCUCAGUGACCUGCUAACCCCGCAGGAGAAGAUGCGACGCUUUUCUCGCGACCAGGGCGAGAACGAGAGCUCUUUCCCACAACGCGCCUCGCUAUCGCGGCUUGGCGUCUCACCAACCACAUCAGACCUCAAGUACGGGUCGCCCUCGGCAGCCACCGCCUCUCCCUCGCGCUUUCAGUCCAUGUGGGCCAAGCCCCGCGGACCGACGUACGACACCGGAUUCGAGACGGGCUCAUUGCCUGGACAGUCAGCCUUUGGCCAUGUUGGCUCCCCGCUGCGUAAUUCAAGCCUCCAUCCUGGUGCAAGCCCCUCGCUGCGCGCCAUCAGCCGUCCUACGACCGGAGAUGCGAGUCCCUACCUAUCUUCCCCUCCUCGCCAAGCAUCCAUGAGCAUGAUCAGUCAGCAACUACAGAGAACUCGCCUAUCCACUCGCGACGAAGCGAACAUCACGAGCAAUCCGAUGCACCCCGGCAUUAACCGCGUGGCGUCUACCAACAGCAUUGGGGGCUCGAGUGGGCGUCUUGGUGUGGAUCGUGCGGUUAGCAGCAGCAGCAUCAAUCGCGAGAGAAUUGAGGAAGAGCAGGGCCUUUUUAGCAUGGAAGAAGAGGAGGACCUCAAUAAGAGCAGAGACGGUGCCUCGACCACUUCGAGUACGAGCAACAAGCGCUUGAGCGGUCUAUCAUGGGGCAGCGGUGGUGGCAAGGCUAGCCCUAACCUCGCGCCUGUCGGUGGCCAUCGUACUGCUGGCUCGUCAGCUCUCGGAAAAGAGACGGGGGCUUGGGGAAAUAAUGCCUGAGCGAUCUGAUGAACCAACCUUGAGGGUCUUGCUGAAAAGCUACUCCCUCAUACUCUUCUUAUGCAGGCGACUCAUCUACGACACACGGAAAAUUUAGCGAUCCCCUCAUCUCGGGCCAACGGUUGGAAAAAAAAUUCAGCGUUUUCGGCGACUUGCAUCAGGAGGGGUAUAUGCUCUUACAUUUUAUCUGCUUAUUUCUUCUCCCUUUGUUCUUCUUGGGCAUACAUGAAAAAAAAAGUCUCUCUGGGCUUCGGCCU